CCCCUCCCCCCUCUCUCCUCGCCCUUCCCUUCCCUAUCGCGGCUCGCCACUCAGCUCAGGUCACUUUGACAAGCUCACGCUCUCUCUCCUCUUCCUCCUCCUUUACCGUGCAAUUAGCAUAUUAAUCAGCCCAGGGAUCGGAGUCGGAGUCGGUCGGGGCGCAGCGUCGUCUCGCGCGCAGCCAGGCCAACGCAGCCCAGCCCAGCCCAGCCCUGGACUCGCCGACGAGCACAGGGAGAGAGGGAUCGGGCUGCCCCACUUGCUGUGGCUGCUGUGCUUCCCGGCGGGGAGGCCCCGGAAUCGGGGGCGGCCUUGCCCAGCGACUGGGGUCUCUGUCAGGGCGGCGGAUGCCAGGACCCCGCCGAGCGGGCACGUCGCACCUUUGCUGCGCCAGGCCGGGCAUGUGAAGAUGUCAGUAGGCUGUGCAUGCCCAGGCUGUUCCUCUAAGUCAUUCAAGCUGUACUCUCCAAAGGAGCCCCCAAACGGCAACGCCUUCCCUCCCUUUCACCCAGGCACUAUGCUGGAUCGAGAUGUGGGACCAACUCCUAUGUAUCCACCAACAUACCUGGAGCCAGGGAUUGGGAGACACACACCAUAUGGAAACCAGACUGACUACAGAAUAUUUGAACUCAAUAAGCGGCUGCAAAACUGGACAGAGGAAUGUGACAAUCUGUGGUGGGAUGCCUUUACCACUGAGUUUUUUGAGGAUGAUGCCAUGUUAACAAUCACCUUCUGUCUGGAAGAUGGACCAAAGAGAUACACAAUCGGCCGUACCCUAAUUCCUCGCUACUUCCGCAGUAUCUUUGAGGGGGGCGCUACUGAGCUAUAUUAUGUUCUGAAGCACCCAAAGGAAUCCUUCCAUAACAACUUUGUUUCACUUGACUGUGAUCAGUGUACUAUGGUCACCCAGCAUGGCAAGCCUAUGUUCACCCAGGUGAGAGUGCAGCGGUAUUUCUCCAGCCCCAGGGCUUACAAGGAGCAUGCAAAACUUGCAAGCAAUUAG